GCAACAACAGCAGCUGCAGCUGCCGCAGCAGCUGUAAAUGCUUCAACAGCGAGCACGGCAAAUGCUAGCAAAGUUCAUGACAAGCAUCCGCAUGGUGUGAAUGACAGCGAUACAGAUCUGAGCUCAUAUCCCGGCUAUAUACACUAUCGGGACAAAUACGAUCUGACCUACAUAGCAAAGGUGAAUCCAUUUUGGCUGCAGUUCGAGCCGCCUGACACCAGCUCCUUCUACAUCAUGGCCGGCCUCUAUUGCCUAAUCUCUGUGGUGGGCUGCUUCGGCAAUGCGUUCGUCAUCUUUAUGUUUGGUAGCCGCAAGUCGCUGCGCACGCCGGCUAACAUACUGGUCAUGAAUCUGGCCAUAUGUGAUUUCCUGAUGCUGGUCAAGUGCCCCAUUGCCAUUUACAACAACAUCCAGGAGGGCCCAGCGCUAGGCGAUGCAGCCUGUCGUCUCUAUGGAUUUGUGGGUGGCCUGAGUGGCACCUGUGCCAUCGGCACUCUGACGGCCAUUGCCCUGGAUCGCUAUAAUGUGGUGGUGCAUCCGUUGCAGCCACUGCGCCGCUACUCCCGCCUGCGCUCCUAUCUGAUCAUAAUUGCCAUCUGGUGCUACAGCUUUCUGUUUGCCGUGAUGCCCGCCCUGGACGUCGGCUUGUCGGUGUACGUGCCGGAGGGUUUUCUGACCACCUGCAGCUUUGACUAUCUCAACAAGGAGACGCCUGCACGCAUCUUCAUGGCGCUCUUCUUUGUGGCCGCCUACUGUAUACCGCUAACCUCGAUUAUCUACUCCUACUUCUAUAUACUCAAGGUGGUUUUCACAGCGAAUCGCAUUCAGUCGAGCAAGGACAAGGCCAAGACCGAGCAGAAGCUUACAUUUAUUGUGGCAGCCAUUAUAGGUUUGUGGUUCAUUGCCUGGUCGCCCUAUGCCAUUGUCGCCAUGAUGGGCGUCUUUGGCCAGGAGCAGCAUAUCACGCCGCUGGGCUCCAUGAUACCCGCGCUCUUCUGCAAAACGGCUGCCUGCGUGGAUCCCUAUCUGUACGCGGCCACACAUCCCAGAUUUCGUGUUGAGGUGCGUAUGCUGAUGUAUGGACGCGGCGUGCUAAGACGCGUGUCCACCACUCGCUCCUCCUAUAUGACACGUUCACGCUCCUCCUUCACGCAUCGGCUGCGUACGUCAAGCGGCGAUGGCGAGAAUCGCGCCGAGCCCUACAUGCUCAACAACAAUCUGAUGAUGGUGCCCGAGGAGACGGAGGAGAACGAGGAGAUAAUCGUUGUGGCCGAGAUCAACCAUUCCACCUCCACGGCCAUGGAGCAGAGUAAGUUUUAAAGAGGCAGACUAUGCGGACAGCUUACCAUAUCAAUUGGUUGUCUGGAUGAGCCAGAACUUAGCCAUAUUUUUUUAUCAGAGAGAGCAGGAGGAACAGAUCGAAGUAUUUUAAGGAA